AUGAAUAAGCUAACCAUAAGAGAAUGGCUUGCGUAUCGCAUUCAAACAAGAGCAAAUGAGGCACAUACGCUUUUGAGAUCACGGAGACUGUUUCAACAAUUUUUGGUUGAUGGAUUCAGUAUGAUGGAAUCUCAAAGAUUGAAUUAUAUUCGCAAGCAUCAGAAGAAACUUAGAGUUUCUAAGUACUCCAAUCUUACCGGUCCAGGCCAAGAAUCCGACACACAAGGUUCAAACAAAGGUAAAAGGGUAGUUUUGCCGUCAACCUAUGUUGGUAGCAGGAGAUACAUGGAGCAGCUUUAUUUUGAUGGAAUGGCUAUUUGUAGCCACGUUGGCUUUCCCAAACUGUUUAUGACUUUUACUUGCAAUCCAAAGUGGCCGGAACUUAAGAGACUUACGGACGAAAUAAAGCUUCAUCCUCACGAUCGGCCUGAUCUCAUAUCACGAAUUUUUAAAAUCAAGUUUGAUGAGAUGUUGUCUGAUUUAACAAAAAAGCAUGUAUUGGGUCGAGUUGUUGCAUAUAUAUACACAAUUGAGUUUCAAAAAAGAGGUUUACCACAUGCACAUAUUCUGUUAUUUAUGCAUCCUGAAAGCAAGUGUCCCUCUCCAAAAGAUAUAAACAACAUCAUUUCAGCAGAAAUUCCAUCCCAAGACGAUGAUAUGGAACUCUAUCAUCUGGUGAAAACACAUAUGAUCCACGGCCCAUGCGGAUACGCAAACACUUCAUCGCCGUGUAUGAAAAACAAUCAAUGCACAAAAUUCUUCCCGAAGAAAUUUCAGGAUCGCACUGUUGUUGACCACGAAGGAUAUCCUUUGUACAUGAGAAGAGAUACUGGAAUUACAGUUACCAAAAAGGAUGUUCAUCUUGAUAACAGAUUUGUAGUUCCUUAUAACCCAUAUUUGUUGAAGAAAUUCCAGGCUCACAUCAACAUUGAGUGGUGUAAUCAGGGAACAUUCGUUAAGUAUUUAUUCAAAUAUAUUAACAAAGGAUACGACCGAAUUACCGCAAGUAUUGUUGAUAGUACCAAUGAUAGAUCAUCUUUAAAUGGAAAUCUUGAUGAAAUAAAACAAUAUCUUGACUGUAGAUAUGUCUCUCCAAGCGAAGCAUGCUGGAGGAUAUUCGCAUUUCCCAUUCAUGGAAGGUCGCCCGCGGUCGAGAGAUUGUUUUUUCAUCUCGAUGGAGACAAUUGUGUUUACUAUACUGAUUAUGAGUUGAUUGAUGAGGUACUUGAAAAACCAAGUGUGAAAGAGUCUAUGUUUACCGCUUGGAUGGAAGCUAACAAGACAUAUCCAGAGGCAAAAGAUUUGACUUACUCCAAGUUUCUCACAAGAUUUGUUUACGACAAAAGAUACAGGCGGUGGAGACCACGCAAAAGAGGUAAUACAAUUGGAAGACUUAUAUGGGUCCCGCCAAGUACAGGUGAGCUUUUUUACCUUCGAAUGAUGUUAACUGUAGCAAAGGGACCUACUUGCUACGAGGACAUAAAAAGGGUGGGAGGAAUUGUUCGGGACAGUUUUAGGGAUGCAUGUUUCGAAAUGGGAUUUCUUAAUGAUGAUAAAGAAUAUGUUUCGGCAAUAUACGAGGCCAAAGAUUGGGGUUCAGACCUGCAUUUAACGGACAAUGAAUUGAAAAACUUGACGCUCAUCGCCAUUGAGGACAUGUUGCAGUCCAAUCGAAGAAGCUUGCAUGAGUUUAAGGAUAUGCCAUAUCCCGACUCAUAUGUCACAAGAGACAUUGGCAACCGUCUGAUUUAUGACGAACGCGAUUACAACGUGAGCAACGUGGUAUUUUUGAAACCAUCAUGCAAGCCGUCGAGAAACAAAGAGGGGGGUGUUUUUUUGCAUGGUUAUGGAGGUACCAGCAAGACAUUCAUGUGGAGAACACUGUCAAGUGCACUCCGGUCGGAAAGAAAAAUAUGUAUUAUUGUUGCUUCAAGUGGCAUAGCUUCAUUAUUAUUACCAGGUGGAAGAACUGCCCAUUCAAAGUUCAAAAUUCCAGUGCCGACUCUUGACAACUCUACGUGCAAUAUCGACAAGAAUACAGAGCAUGCACAGUUACUUCAAGCAACUGAUGUGAUCAUUUGGGAUGAAGCACCCAUGGCACAUAAAAAUUGCUUUGAGGCAUUAGACAAAACACUUAAAGACCUCAUGAAUCAGAAUGGCCUAUCGGGAAGAAUAUUUGAAGGCAAAGUUGUUGUAUUCGGCGGAGAUUUCCGGCAGAUUCUUCCCGUUGUUCCAAGAGCUUCCCGUUCAGAUAUUGUGCAUGCAUCAAUAUUCUCAUCUUAUGUGUGGGAUCACUGCAAGGUCCUGACUCUAACCAGAAAUAUGAGGCUUAGGAAUGAUAAAGGCAAUAAGAACAAUAAUGAUAUUGCAGAAUUCUCGAAAUGGAUACUGGAUGUCGGCGAUGGUAGGCUAUCUGAACCAAACGAUGGAUUGGCCGAUAUAGAGAUCCCUCAGGAGUUACUAAUUACAGAUUUUGAAGAUCCCAUACAAGCCAUCGUUGAAAGCACGUACCCAGAUUUGUUGCAAAAUUAUAUCCGUCCUUAUUAUCUGCAAGGCAAAGCAAUUCUUGCAUCAACAAUUGAAGUUGUUGACAAAAUCAACCAUUAUAUAUUGAACCUAACUCCAGGUGAAGAAAAGGAAUAUUUGAGUUUUGACGAGAUAGACAAGACCGAUGCGACAUACACUGAAGCUUACGAAGUUCUAACACCUGAAUUUUUGAGUAAUCUAAGAACAUCCGGUCUACCAAAUCACAUUCUCAAAUUGAAGGUUGGUACACCAAUUAUGUUGAUGAGAAAUUUAGACCAAUCUCAAGGAUUGUGCAAUGGCACAAGACUUAUUGUUACAAGGUUGGCCAAUCAUGUCAUUGAAGCAAGAAUUAUUUCUGGCAAAAAUAUAGGUAACCUCUUUUACAUUCCUCGAAUGUCUAUGUCGCCUUCAGAGUCUCCUUGGCCAUUUAAGUUGAUUAGACGACAAUUUCCAAUAAUUGUCUCUUAUGCUAUGACAAUUAAUAAAUCACAAGGUCAAUCUCUUGAUACCGUCGGACUGUAUUUGCCUACUCCGGUCUUUAGUCAUGGUCAAUUAUAUGUUGCCAUAUCUAGAGUUACCAACAAAAACGGUUUAAAGAUAUUGAUUCAUGACAACGACAAUGUUCCGCAGUCGACGACUACAAAUGUCGUGUACAAGGAAGUUUUUCAAUCACUUUGUUAA